AUGAUGAAAUCGUUGAAAUCGACGCAAUCGUGGUCCGCAAAGAAGAACAAGGGUGCAAGCGCCGGGUCGCUGCAAGAAAGACUCACGAUGCAUGCGCCCAGAAAACCAGCUCACGAUAUUUCUCAGAGCGAGCAGAAAUUUUUCACCCAAGAGGAAGUUGAGGGUGAAGAGUGGGAGACUCCGAGAAAUGACGGAAGCAUGGGCAAUGAACCCACCGGUGUUUGCCCCGCUCGCACUUAA